AUGGACUAUGGACUAUGGCUUAGUCGAUCUAGCUUAUCGGCGUUGGCAGAGCUUCAGGAGCUUCAGGAGCCAUAUAGUAUAACAUGGCGAAAUGGUGGUUUAGAUGGCUUUCCAGCCGGUGCAGGAUCUGCUGCUCUGCUCAUUCCUCAACAAAACGAACCUUCUGACGACCUUUACGAACAACCCCUCGAUACUUUGAUCCUUCGACACUUUGACAGUGCUCUCUUGGCGGGACCUCCAUAUUUACAACGUUCGAGAGCUGGACAUCCGCACCACCGGCAAAGCCUAUUCCGAUAUUUAUUCCCUCAUCCUCGACAGAGUGCGCGCGACAGGCUCGCAAAGUUCCGCCUCGACACAUAUCCAUAUUACAGGCUGCGAGCGCAGUCCCGAAUUUACAGCUACAUAGUUAAGCAUCAGAAGAGACGACAGGAGAAGAGAGAAAAGGGACCUACGAUUUGGGACAUUGUUCGAAAGAGGGGUCGAAUCAUUGCCAACGACCAUAGCAAGGACCAUGAAACAGCAGGAAGAAAGAAGGUGACCAUGUCUGGUUCUAUGCCUGGCUUCGGUGGUGCAGGCGACACUCCGUCUGGGGAGGGCCGAGAACGUGGAGCAAGGAGGAAAAAGCUAGCUGGUUAUUUGAAAGCAGCAAACGAAGUCAGACAAUCGUACCAGCAGUCCUACACCGAGAAAUGGGCCGGAAAUAAUAACUAUGGGGACGAAGAUACAGAAGGGAUACCGGGAGCCUUCCCAGAUGUAGCGAUAGUAUCACAUGGAGACGAGCAACUCAUUUUAUUUCCUUCAUACGCACGAAGACAUGUCAAAGAAGCUCCAAAUCCUGAUUCGAGGACCGCAAGUGACGUUGAGGAUGGAUCUGGGAAUGCCGAAUACUGGGCUAGAGAAUGGCAGAAAUUCGAGGAUGACCGGGCUAUUGUGGAUGUGGAUGUGCGUGGCUGGAUCUACUCACCACAUCGAGGUCCUAUGACAAGGAAGAAUAGGCUACUUAUUGGACUUGCCAGGCAGCUGAGUGGGAUACCAGCCCCCAAAGAACCAAUCAGAGAUGACAGUCCAGACUCGGUCCAAUCCCUGCGUGCAAGACACCAAGAACAUGAAGCUCGACGAGAGCAGGAGAAGAUUGCCGCCGAGGCAGAAGAGAUUUUGAGGAAGGGAGAGGGUGAAAAGAACGUUGCUGCUCGUGGCGGCUAUAGCGAGAGGCCACAGAACGACUCAGACACGGAAAGUUUAUAUGGCGAGUCCAUAAGAUCUAGAAGUCUCACUCCCUCCCAAUCACGAGACGACCCUCCUGGACCAGGCCAUCUCGGAAAACGAUCAUCUUGGAAUCAACCUUCUGAUAUGACCCAAGCUGAAUUGCUGACCGCAAAUUCUCAUUUGAUGGCACGCCUAGCGCCAUUCUUGACGAACCCUCUGGUCUCUAUUCCAAUUACUGUGUUUUUCUACGAUGAAAAUACCUCUGUGUCUAGAACUGUCACGACUAAUGAGGCUGGCCAUUUUAUAAUGAGAGCCCCACUAGAGUUUGUUCCGACUCACAUUAGAGUCUUAGCCUCUGAACAUCUGUCAGCAACCGAGGAGGUCAAGAUUACAGAGCCUAAGGGUGUCAGCUUGAUCAGUGAUGUAGACGACACAAUAAAGCACUCUUCCAUUGGAAGUGGGGCCCGAGAAAUCUUCAGGAAUACCUUCAUUCGAGAUUUGGGAGAUCUCACUAUUGAUGGAGUAAAGGAGUGGUACAAUACUAUGUACGAUAUGGGUGUGGGAUUCCAUUACGUGUCUAACUCUCCCUGGCAGUUGUUCCCUGUAUUGGUGAGUUAUUUUAGAAAGGCGCAGUUACCUCCAGGAUCAUAUCACCUGAAGCAGUACAGUGGUAUGCUUCAAGGCAUAUUUGAGCCUGUCGCAGAGAGAAAGAAGGGAACUCUUGAGAAAAUCAUGAGAGAUUUUCCAGAAAGGAAGUUUAUACUUGUCGGAGACAGCGGUGAAGCAGACUUAGAAGUAUAUACGGAUGUAGUGCUCGCCAACCCUGGAAAGAUUAUCGCAAUAUUCAUUCGGGAUGUCACCACUCCUGAGAACCAGGGUUUCUUUGAUUCGGCCAUGGGCCCUCUCAGCGGCGAUCGUCCGAGAGGCAGAGCGCCACCGUCUAGUGCUGGUUCUGGAGACAGCAAGACGACGAGGAAAUCUACUCCAAAUGAUAUACCAGAUCGUCGACCAGCACUACCUCCUAGAGUGGUUUCCGAAGCUACGCUUCAGACCAGUAAUGGUCCAAGAAUGGGAAAGCUGAUUGACUUUGACGACGAGCCCGCUCAAAUGGAGGUUCACGAAUCGCAUCGCCAUGUCAUGCCACGAUCUGCCUCGACGUUCGAAGCCUUUGAAUCUCCAAGAAGGAAAUCAGUCCCAGAACCUACCACCAAAGCUCCCCCUCCACGACCCUCCAAGCCAAUUGCAUUACGAGGCGUAAGCACAACAGGAGACCUAUCCAAGUACCCAAUUGAGUCCAAGAGAACUCCUCCGCCUCCAAAACCACGGCGCAGCAAUCCUGUCUCUGAGAGUCCCCACCCCCUUUCACAAUCACAGAGCACGACAAACCUCAACGACGGAUAUGUCUCCAGCGCGCGCAACAAGGUAUCAGCAGCCUACAACGCUCUCCCGGAAGUUCGCUCCUAUAUACCCGGCUACCAAAGCCCGCAAACCACCACGUCAUCCUCAGGAAAAGCACCACCUCCUCCACCGCGCCGCAACGCAACCAGCACCGUAGCCAACACCGUAGGCAGCAUCACCAACAAUAUUUCCUGGAACAACGCCGAGUCAGAAGACGAGCCAUCUUCUUAUCAGUCUAACCCCUACGCACCCCCGAACAAAAAACUAGAUCUCUGGAAGCGCCGCUGGAAACGCGCAAAGGAUAUUCUUGAUUCUAAAGGCGUGGCGUUGAGGAGCUGGAGGGGUGGUAGUGAUGUUUGUUUGGAGGCGGUGCGGAUGGUUGAGAAGAAUUUGAGGGAGAUGGGCGUUGAGGGUUAUGGGGGUGCUAAGGGCAAGGGGAAGACAGGGGAGGGGGGUGGGGAGGCUAAGGUUAAGGAUUUGAAGAGGUAG